AGGUCUGGCGGCUCUGGGAUCUUGCUCUAAAAUUUCGGUGUGUCUAGCAAAGUUGAUAAGUCAUCUAAUUUCUUUGGUCAAUGCACACGGGACCAAGAUAUUGGGCAGAUGAAAUACCACCUUAAGAUACUGAUAAUAAGGUCGUGUAAAUAUAUUUUUGGAACGUAGGCGUGUUAAGAUGUGUGUGAAUUCCACCGUACAUUUGCUUUCAUAGAUACCGUACCUACAAAUUGUAAAAGAAGUACUUUUCAGGGAGCCAGAGAUUUACUGAGAAAAACUAAAAUCGAAUUUUCUUUACCCACUUCACCGUCGCUCGAAUAUGUUGAAGCAUAGAGAAAUAAGAAGUAAUAGGGACCGUGCGCGUUGAAGGGUCUGCCAUCUUGUGGCCUGAAUCGGAACCAUAAACAUGCACAUGUACACAUCACGUGUUUUCUUGUGCAUAGUAGGUUCUGGCAUCUUGUGGGCUACAUCGGAACAAAAAACUGCCAAAAAUCUGAUGGCUCCUGUGCUGCCUCCUACAGUUCAUGCACGCUCCCUAUAGAGUGCUCACUCCAUACAUCAGUUUCGGUACCAAAAUGCUUAAUAUAUACGCAGUCGACAUCUAGCAUCGAGUAGCGGAACUCUCAGUACUGCUAGUCGACAAUAGAUAUCGCGGCAAACAAAAAGUCUAAUGCUCAACGAUUUUCAGCUAAUAUUAUAACCAGAGUAAGUGUAGGAGUUGAAAAUAGAGUUCCGGUUACUCUGGUUAUAUUAAGCAUUUGGUACCAAAACUGAUGUAUGGAGUGAGCACUCUAUUAUUUCAUAUUUAUCUAUGGUUAAAGUGAUAGAGAGGCAGAUAACGUUUUUCGAUGUUUGCAGGCCCUCAGUCGUGGACUCGUAGUGCGUACGCUUGCGGUCAGGUUUGGCCUUAAAUGUUGAAGUUACAAGCGCCCAUAGGCUGCGUAGUCCGCUUACUGUUAAGCUGUUAUUUUCCGGUUAUUAUUUAUUGAUACUGGUUGAAUGCGCACGUGAAAACUCGUGUCUAUGUCAUUCACCGCUAUCGGCUCGCAAAAGUCACGCAAAUCAUGAUUGCGUCAACAAUAAAUAUUAAUAUGCAUACUACAUUCUUACCACCACUGAUGACCCCCCCCCCCUCACUUUCGCCGCUAGAAGUGGGGGGUGGACAUCAAGAGAUCACAAUAGUGGGCAAUCUGCAACUGUAAUAUCAUAAGCAACGCAACACGCCCGCCUCUCCGACUUAAAAUUUAAACGCGCGAAAUAAGCAGAAUUGUAACCUAGAAAACCGUGAGAUUCGGCUGACUUUGCAUAAUAGCGAGCCCAGCGGCCAUUUUUAUGUAAUACGAUGUAAUAAAUAGUUAUGCAACGAUCAUUUUGACCUCAUAAUUUGGCGGGUUGCGAACAGUCCGUCGCCAUGAUAGCACACGCUCGCGCGCUUUCUCAUUGACAGUUCAGUGUUCGAAAUUUGAAUUUGUGCCAGUGACAUUUUAUAGUGCAGUGACUUUGGAUUUUAAAAAAAUGUGCUGAACUUUGACAAUGGCGACCCUCGACACUAAUAGUAACAUCAUCGAAACACUGGACAUGAAAAUAGAGAACAGGAACGCACAGGAAAGCGCGGACAGGAGCAGGCAAACGGUGAAAACAGAAAACAUGAAUUUGGAGAACGUUCUAAUUCAACAGAAAAUCGACAGGAAUCAAGAGAUAAAUGGAAACAUGGAACAGGAAAACAGGAAUUUGGAGAUUAUAAAUAAUAUGAGCAGUAAAAAGAUCGAUGAGUGUUUGGAAUGUAGAAAAGAUGAGAAGAAAUUGACAGAAAUACAAAGGUUUUAUGAUGGGAAGAAUAUUAUGAUUACCGGUGCGACAGGCUUCCUCGGCAAGGUUCUCAUGGAGAAGCUUCUCCGCUCGUGUCCCGGCGUGGAGAACAUCUACCUGCUGGUGCGGCAGAAGCGGGGGAAGGACAUAUACACGAGGAUAGAAGAGAUUUUCGACGAUCCCGUAUUUGACCGACUGAAAAAAGACGUUCCGAAGUUCCGCCACAAAGUGGUGGUGAUGCCCGGAGACUGCGAGGCGGUGGGGCUCGGUCUGUCCCUAAGUGAUAGACAAAUACUUACGGACAAGGUAAACGUGGUGUUCCAUUCGGCGGCCACGGUAAAAUUCGACGAGCACCUCCGAGCGGCGCUCGCUACAAACGUUCGUGCGCCGCUACACCUGCUCAGACUCGCGAGAGAUAUGAAGGACUUGAGCGUGUUCAUGCACGUGUCAACAGCUUACUCCAACUCCCACCUAGAAGCGGUUGAGGAGCGAUUCUACCCGUGUGAAGCCCGCUGCGACCACCUGGAGACGGUUAUAGACAAACUAACAGAUGAGCAGAUUAACCAGAUGUUACCCACCAUCCUAGGUCCCUGGCCGAAUACCUACACGUUCACCAAAGCACUAGCAGAGAAAGAGUUAAGGAAAAAUGCUGGAGACCUUCCUCUGGGCAUCUUCAGGCCUGCUAUAGUAACAUCGACGGCGAAGGAGCCGUUGGUAUGCUGGCUGGACAACAUGUACGGACCCACGGGAGUGGCCAUCGGUACUGUAACGGGUAUCCUCCGAACUCUGCAAUGUGAUGAGAAAGUCACAGCGGACAUCGUGCCCGUCGACAUGACGGUCAACUGCCUCAUGGUCGCCGCUGCCAAUGUACACAAAACUUACAAAAGGUCACCCCCCGCCGAGCCCCCGAUCUUCAACUACGUGAGCUCCGUGGAGAACAGGAUCACAUGGGGCGAGUUCAUGACGCAUAAUCUCAAGCAUAUCGACAAGAACCCAUUCUCAAAUGCAGUGUGGUACGUAUCACUGACGCUGCACAGGUUCGCUUUUAUGAACCAGCUGUAUAUUAUCUUCUUGCAUCUUCUGCCAGGAGCGCUGGUCGACGCGUUGGCUGUCUGUCUAGGAAGGAAACCAAAGAUGUUGAAGGUGUACCGCAAGAUCCACAAGUUCUCUUCUGUCCUAUCCUACUUCUGUACGCGAGAGAUACGGUUCUGCAACAGGAAUAUAAGAAAUAUGUGGGAAAGCACGCCAGAUGACGAUAAAGAGAUAUUUCCGUUCAGCAUGGCCGAAGUGAGCUGGGAGCAGUAUUUCCAGCAGUAUCUCAUCGGAAUCAGGCGAUACAUGUUCAAGGAGAGCGACGACACGUUACCGCAGGCGAGGAUCAAGUGGAGAAGACUGUACUACCUUCACCAGUUAGUAAGGCUAAUCUUCUCUGCUUUAGCCCUCUACGCUCUAUGGUCCAUAUUAGACGCACUAUUUUAGAACCAAAGAGUCAUCGUUAUCGUCUGUGGUAGGAAAAGUGUAAGACAAAAUUGUGGUUCCGAGUUUGACAGUCUAACUUAGUCUGGAAAACCAGUUUUGUCAGAAAAUAGAGGUAAAUUUAAAAAAUAUAGACGUAAUCGUUGAAAUUACCAUUGCCAUACUAAAUUUCAAUUUCGAGUCUUUUUGUACUGAUUGGUUUAAUAGAAGCAUAGAAAAAUAAGUAAGCAUAGACAAGACUGCUCACUUCAUACAACGGUUUUGUUACCAAAAUAUUAUUAUUUUGUAGUCUACAUCUAGCGUCAAGUAGCGGAACUCUCAGUACUGCUACCCGACAAAAGAUAUCGCGGCAAACAAAAAGUCUAAUGCUCAAUGAUUUUCAGCUAAUAUUAUAACCAGAGUAAGCGUAGGAGUUGAAAAUAGAGUUCCGGUUACUCUGGUUAUAAUAUUAGCGGAAAAUCGUUGAGCAAUAGACUUUUUGUUUGCCGCGACAUCUAUUGUCGAGUAGCAGUACUGAGAGUUCCGCUACUACUCUUGGUCUUCUUAAUUCUCUUUGGCAUAGUGCUCACUACAUACAUCAGUUUUCUUACCAAAACGCGGGUUAUUUCGCAGUCGACAUCUAGCGUCAAGUAGCGGAAUUAUCAGUACUGCUAGUUGACAAUAGAUGUCGCGCUAUGCUUACUUAUUUCUCUAUGGCGGAAAGGUUCAAAUUCCCAUAUGAAAUUUUUAAUAAUUCUUUAGAACAAAAUAGCAUUCCGAUAUGUACAGAUAAUAUUAUGCAUAUAUUUAAAAUAUUUUUAAAAACUUGAUCAUGAAUGUUGUAUAGAUUAUUUUAAGAGUUAAAUAAAUAUAUUUUAUAAGCAUUCUGUACCUACCUAAUGUUAAACAAUAUAAUAAACUAUUUUGAUAAAUGUGAUUAAGUCAGUUAAUUUUAAAUUUUAUGAAAGUUGAGAGUAGGGAUAGUUUUGUAAAUAUAGUUAAGAGUAUAUAUAUUUUUAUAUAAUACAGUAUUUGAUUAAGCUACAAUAUACUUAUAAAGGGUUAUAAUAUAAAUAAACAUAAUACCAAAA